AUGGAAAACACUACUAACACCGAUACUAACAGCAAUAGUAACGAUGAUGUUAUAGAUGACGAACGAUUGAUACUUAAUGUUGGUGGAAUCAAGUAUGAGACACAUCGUUCAACAUUGAUCGCAUAUCCAGAUACCUUUCUGGGUGUAAUGUUUCAGCAACGAAAUAAUGCAAUGCUGAAAAGUAAUUCAGACAAUCCAAAUCAGCCAAAAGAAUAUUUCUUUGAUAGAAAUGGACGUGAAUUCGAUUAUUUCCAAAUUCCUAUUCCAACAAAUCCUUAUCCACCCGCAUCCGCGACAAUAAACCACUUUAUUCUAACACUCCAACGAAUCAUCCACGAGAUGGAAGCGAAUCUUAUGCAACGAGUAGAAAUCAUUUUUCCGUGGCAGGACAAAACGAAAUUCAAUCUUAGUCCGGAUCUGGAAACGAUUCGUGAAAUAUUGACACCGUUUAUCACCGUUACGGGAUAUAAUAUCUUGGAGGGGUUUGGCGACGAUAUUGUGAAAUAUCUAAUGAAAAAUACGCCGGGAUUUUUUUGUUCAUUACGAGAAAGAGAACCAAGUGGAAAUUAUCCUCCGAGAUUCGCCUUUGUUAUGCAGUUGCCUAUGUCAGCUUUUCCGAGAGAAAUUAGAAAUGGCACUUUUCUUGUUGAAUUGGGAGAAGAUGAGGAAAAUCAUGAGGACGAUGAGGUGGAUGAUAAUUUUUCGGAUUAA